AUGAUUCUAGACUAUUUCUCCAAAAACAGGACUCCACUCAGAAACGACUGCGAGGAGGGGGUGGGUGCUGCUGAACCGAUUACAGAGUCAGAGGAGUCACCCCGUGAUGUUCCACUUCCUGGCAAAUUGACGAAAGGUGACAAGAGAGGCUGCCUGGUGGGUGACCGCGCUUGGCAGAGCCACAACCCGCUCACCUUUCAGUUCUCCACCCAGGGGCCCCUCCUGCGAGCAACCCAUAGGGGUCCCUGGUCGCUCCCUCAGACGUCGUCUCCACCACGGCCCGAGAUCAUCUUUCUUCUCCAGUGGGUUCCUUGUCUCUUGCGUACCACCCUCUCCACCCCCCCACCCCCACCCCCACCCCCACCCCCACCCGGCUUGCCCUUGGAAAUACAGCGAGAAGCUGACCGAGAGACAGAGACAGAGACAGAGACAGAGAGAGGAGAUGAGCCGAGGCCCGUGGGCAAAUGGUGCAGAGAGGGCUUGUCCGACGCAGGGUUGCCCCAGAACUUCACACACACGCGCGCACACACGGACACACACGCGCAGACACACGCCCACACACACGCACACCAGCACCCACCCAGCGGCCCAGCGGCCCAGCGGCCCCUCUCUGUGAAAGGCCUUGAGGCCACGUGCCGGGCAACGCGGAUCCCCCAGUGCCCAAGGGCACUGGCGGCCAACAGGGAUCCAAGGGCCCACCCUCCCAGGCAGCCCUUGGGCCUCCCGGCGGCUCUCUGCGGGCGGGACCUCAGCUGUGGGCUCCGAACCCCUGGCCCUCCCCGGGCCCGCGGCCCUCCCUUCCUGUGUCCGGGAAACCCCAGCGAAGCCUUCGGUGCCCGCCAGGCAGGCGGUGGGCCUGCCUUCGUCGGCUCCGUCCUUCCUGACGCGGAGAGACCACCCGGCUCGAGUCCGGCCGCCGCCGCCGCCGCCGCCGCCGCCAGGUCCAAGGCGGCCUUGGGGGGCAGGGACAGAGCCGGCCGGGUCUUGCCUCGCCUGCGUUCGCGUGCUUGGGGCUCAGGCCUGUCACCCUCUGGCCGCCGAAGCCCAGCCGCCGGCCCUGCGGUGAAGCCUGGGGCCGAGGGCCAUGGCACCAGCUUCCGGGGCUCGGCUCCGCGGGCUGCCGUGGACACUGGUCGUGUGAUCCCAGACGGAGGCGGGGAGGGCCAGCUGGUGGGGCCUGCCGCUCACACAGCCCAGCCGCCCUGGACCCGGGGCCCUGGCCGCAGGCCCACCCUAGGCGAGGUCCUUCUCCGCGGGGGACCCAAGGCCGGCGCCUGCCUGGGCCUGGGAGGCCCGGUGGGGGUGGAGGGAGCCGGCCCCUGCCUGCCUCUGCAGCCUCCCCUCGGCUGCCCCUUGGCCUCCGGGCCCAGCCGAGCCCUGGGACUUCCUCCAGGGCCUUGGGUGGGCUUGCGCCCGGGAGCCCCGGCCAGCAGCCCAGGGGACUGCGGGAACCGGGCCCUCCCUGGCCUCAGCCGGCCCCCAGUAGCCUCAUCCUGCUUGGAGCGCCUCGGCUUCCCCGGGGCGCUCCUUCUCGCGGGCCUGGGGCGCUACUCGGCUGGGGGCUGCUGCGAUGGCAUGGCCCGCGAGGGGGACCGUCCUGGGCGUCCAGCGGCGGACAGGGCAGCGUCCAGCAGGCUUCGGGCCCGGUCUGACCCUCCCUCUAGACCCCGGCCCAGCCCCCGUUUUCCUCCCUGGCACCACCGAGGGGGGCCCGGCCCAGGGCUCUGCAGGAGCCCGCCGUGGGCUGAGUACGGCCGAGGGCUGGGCAGGCAGGGCAGCCGUUGGUCGCCGUCCCUCCAGGACACGAGUGCCCCUGCACAGGGGCGGAAGGGGAGGCCCGGGAGCCGGGGAGCCGCGGAGGCCAAGGGCCAGGCCGGCCAGGCCCCAGGGCAGGGCGGGGCGAUCCCAGCGUGCGGCCCUGAGGCACUGUCCCCACACCGCUCCACACUGUCCCGAACAACGCGCGGCGCUCCCAUCCCCCGGCAGCCCACCAGGUGGCGCUCGCUGCCCCCCCCCGCAGGCGCCCGUGACGUCAGCCGCCCGGCUCCAUUUGAGCGCCUCUCGGCAGCCGAGAACUCGGACUUCCCGUCCACCCACCCACAGCGGCCUCCACCUGCCCUGAGCGCCGCCCCCGCAGCGGCCCCCCGCCGCCGCCGCCGCCGCCGCCGCCGCCGCCGCGUCCCUCACCGGCCGGUCCGAGCCUCCUGCCCUCCCCGCCACGCCCGCUCCCCCGCAGGGCCUGCUGCCCACCUGUGCUCUCCACCCACACCACACCCGCACAUCCCUCGUGGCCCGACAGGUCCUUGA